CUUCCUUGGAGUUUACGGAAAUUGCGUCAUUGUUUAGAAGCAUCACAAACAUGGCGACUUACAGGCAGGUCGGGAGGUUGUUGGGUAUUUCUGCAAGAAUUUCAAGUCCGCUUGCUGUACGUGCAUAUCAGUUUGCUGGACUGCAUUGGACUCCACACAACAUUGGUGUUACCAGGAGAUGGUCACUGCCACCAUUUUCAGUUGUAUCUGCAAGGACCAUGUUUAUUCAGACUCAGGACACUCCCAACCCAAACAGCUUGAAAUUUCUGCCUGGUCGCAUGGUCCUUGAACAAGGAACAAUGGAUUUUACUGCACCCCGGGAAGCCUAUUGCUCCCCCCUCGCAAGGCAGCUAUUUAGAAUCGAUGGUGUCAAGGGUGUCUUUUUGGGUCCUGACUUCAUAACCAUAACCAAGACAGAUGUAGAUCUGGAAUGGAAGUUAAUCAAACCUGAUGUGUUUGCUGCCAUUAUGGACUUCUUCACAUCUGGACUCCCUGUUGUCAAUGAGGAGGACACCCCUCGUGCAGAUACAGCACCAUCAGAUGAUGACGAUGAGGUGAUUGCUAUGAUCAAAGAGCUUCUGGACACCCGAAUCAGGCCCACAGUGCAGGAGGAUGGUGGAGAUGUCCUGUAUUGUGGCUUUGAGGAUGGCAUUGUAAAGCUGAAGCUGCAGGGCUCCUGCACCAGUUGCCCUAGCUCCAUGGUCACUCUGAAGAGUGGCAUCCAAAAUAUGUUGCAGUUCUAUGUCCCUGAAGUGGAAGGGGUGGAGCAGGUGAAGGAUGAGCAAGAGGAGGUUGCCCAAGGCUGAGUCCAAUGGAAACUACUCAGACCCUAUAGACAUUCCUCUUACCCUCUCCCCUCCUGCAGCCACUCCUGACUCUAGUAUAGCUGAUUAAUCCGCAUCGUAGAGGCUUGUCUAAAGCACAGCAGUGACGAAGGAAGAACUUCGCUGUUAUUUUGAGAGAUUUGUCAUUGGACUUCAUAAGUUCCCAGAGAUUGUCAGCUGUCAACCUUUAUGGCUAUGGGACUCAGUGUGUAAGAGAGGACCCUGCCUUGUCUUGAGUAGUGUCCUUGUCCUGCUGUUUGCUUUGGAAGGAUUCCAGGCUGAUCGAGUCUACUAACUUUUGUCUGACAAUGUAUUUAUUGCAGUAUCUCUUAUCACACCAUAAAACUCAGUAAGUAUUGGUUAUUAAAAGAAACAACUCCAUCUAUAUACAACACAAAUGUGCAAACUGUAUAAUGUAAAUAAAAUAAAGUACAUUGAAUUAA